UGGCGCACGCGAAGCGCUAUGUUCUGUUCCUAGGAAUUGUAAACUUAAUGGUUGUUUAUUUUUAAUAAUUGUGUGUUUGAACUGCAGCGCAGAAUGAAACUAAGCACGGACGCGCACUCUGAGAUCGAGGGCGAGGGCCCUCAUCCCAAUGCAUUGUGCAAUUCUUCUUCCGAUUCCACGUCUACCGAUGAAGUGGGUGCGAUCCAAAUCGAGUCGGUGGCCACGGAGGGCGUCGAUGGUGAAAUAUCGACGGACGCCAGUAGUAGUACACCGGUAGGCCCUUUGGUGAUACCGAAUCCCGGCAGGAACUCAGUUGAGCUAGCAGCGUUGCAGACCGAGAACCAGAGGCAGACGCCAACCCAAACACAGCAGCCGCGUCUGUCAAUGGUCAACAGAAAACGCGAUCUUAUCAAUUUGCAGUCGGCCCUGAGUCCGAAAUAUAUUGGCUAUGCCAACGCUAACUCACCCACACCACUUUCGGACUCCGAUGACACGAUACGUACAACAAGGAGACGUGUUAAUCAAGUAACAGGCCUAAAUUUCAGUAGCAGUACUUGCGAGACCCUGCCCCGUGACAAUGCAUCGCCAAAGACCACCGGUGGAGAAAGAGGAGGAAGCUGUGGUGAUCAGCUGGUCGGCAGCACUAAGACCUACAUGAGCCCCAUUGAAAAACUGCUAAUUAAGAACGGCGCCAAUUCGCCCAAUAGCACGGGCUUCGAGGCGGACUCUGAGGACCUUGUAAUCCGGCCAACUGUCCGUAAGCAGCUUAAGCGCAAAAUGAAGCGUGUGGCCAAGUCAAAAGUGCCAACAGACCUAGAGACUAUGCCCCUGGAGGAGAUAUCAGUAAAAAUUGAGCAAAUUGAUGGGGAAAUUCCCGUGCCAGAAGAAUCUUCAAUAACAGAUAUUGAAACAUCCACGAUCACUAUUAAACCAGAGACUGAGGUUGAGACUGAAGCAAAUUUAGCGUCUCCUCUAAAUCAGGAGGAUAAAACCAGUUUAAAUAUACAUAAAAAACCAAUAGAAACCACUCCCAAUGUUCUUAUUGAAGCUCCAAAGGACUUAGACAAAAAGCCUAAAGAACUGACAUUCGCCUUGCCAACGGCUGCCUCAACUGAGGUGGAUCUGAAAUCUCCGCCGGACUUCAGCUCUACUGCGCUAGCGACCUCAGUCAAAUCCCCUUCCUCCGUGAGUAUAGAUAGCGCCAAAGGGCUGUCCAUAGUCACUGAUCCCGGUUGGCCCAUCUACCAAGUGGGUGAUCUGUUCUGGGGUAAGGUCUUUUCGUACUGCUUCUGGCCUUGUAUGGUGUGCCCGGAUCCUGUUGGCCAGAUUGUGGGCAGUAUGCCUAGUCAUCCACAGCGCUCAUCGGUAGACAACGCCACAGUGCCCAUCCAGGUGCACGUACGGUUUUUUGCGGACAACGGGCGACGUAACUGGAUCAAGCCAGAUAAUCUUCUACCUUUCGCCGGACUCAAGGCAUUUAAUGAGUUGAGUGAAGCAGUGCGAAUAAAACACGGCCUGAAGAGCGCAAAGUACCGACAAAUGAUUCCCAAGCGGACAAAGACUGUCAUCUGGCACCAGGCCAUUGACGAGGCCCAAGAUAUGACGCAGAUCCCGUACUCCGAUCGUCUGGAAAAAUUUUACCAGAUCUACGAGAAUGUCGUCACCCUCAAUAAACAAAAACGCAAGCGAACCAAAUCUAUGAUGCAGGACACCUCGGACGUAGGAAGUAGUCUAUACGACUCAACGGAUAACCUACACAACAAGGUAGUAUCACAAUUAGUGGCCGUGAAGAGGGAGCGCUCAGAGUCUCCAUUCAGUCCAGCAUUUUCGCCCGUUAAGAGCAAGAAUGAGAAGCGGGCCAAACGUCGAAAGCUUAGCGGUGGUACCGAAGCAGAUACUGGCAGUACUACAGUCGCGGUGACACCUUUCCAGGCCGAAACCAGUUUAGAGAAGAACCUAUCGCCUGAGAGCUCCAUUUACGAGAAUCCGGAAUUCGGUCAGUUAUUCGAUGCCGUCAGGGAAUACGUUAUGGUGCACCGAUCCGAGGAAAAGGUGGAAAAGGUCUUGCUGGCUGUUGUCAGCAAUAUAUGGUCCCUAAAGCAGAUUCAAUUGCGCGAACUUGAACGUGAUUUGGCCACUAACGAGUUGGGAUCAUCGGUUGUUUUGCGUGGCUCCGGAGUGGGCACAAUCAAGCGGCUCUCUAAUCGUCUGAAAACAAUGAUGGUUCGCCGCAGCAUGACCCCAGUAGUAACACCCAGUACAACGCCGGCACUAACGGAGCCGGAUCGUCGCCUGUCGGAGGCGCCGAAAUACAAGAAACCUGUUAACCGACCUAUCGAGGAGGUGGUCGAAGAUAUCUUGCAGCUGGACAGCAAGUACCUCUUCCGUGGACUCAACCGCGAUCCGGUGUGCAAAUAUUGCUACCAGGCUGGCUCAGAUCUGGUUCGCUGUUCACACGGCUGUUCCAGCUGGCUGCAUUCCGAUUGCCUGGAACGAAAGGAGACAGGAGCUCCUAUGCCCAAAAUAGGAAGUAGAAAGACCAUUGUCGUGACGCCCACAUCAAAGUCCCCCAGUCCUGAAGAUGAGCAUAUAACGGCCGAUGCUAAGGUGGUCGAUGGAGGAGCUGGAUUGGUUUGUCACGAGUGCAAUAUAGGCGAACCGGAAGGAUGUGUAAUUUGCCACCAAGUUGAAUCGCCAGCAAAUGCUCAACCAAGCACUCCAACUAAAGAAGAGGAUCCACUUCAAACUGUAAGCGAGGAUAAACUUCUGGCGUGCAGCCAGCCUCUAUGUGGCAAGCGGUUUCAUAUGAGCUGCUGUAAGUACUGGCCGCAGGCAAACAGCAGCAAACUCUCGCCCCGCUGUCCAAGGCACGUGUGCCACACAUGUGUCUCUGACGAUCCCAGCUGCAAGUUCCAGCAACUGGGUAACUCCAAACUGGCGAAAUGCGUUCGCUGUCCGGCCACAUAUCACCAGGACUCACAUUGCAUUCCAGCCGGCACACAGAUGCUGAAUGUUACUCACAUAAUCUGUCCUCGACACAACAUCGCCAAAGCGGAUGCACACGUCAAUGUACUGUGGUGCUACAUUUGUGUGAAAGGCGGCGAACUGGUCUGUUGCGAAACGUGCCCCAUUGCAGUGCACGCCCACUGUCGAAAUAUUCCAAUCAAGAAAAACGAAAGCUACAUCUGCGAGGAAUGUGAGAGCGGACGACUGCCGCUAUAUGGAGAAAUCGUGUGGGCGAAAUUCAACAACUUCCGCUGGUGGCCGGCCAUCAUCCUGCCGCCCACCGAGAUACCCAGUAACAUCCUAAAGAAGACCCACGGAGAAAACGACUUUGUCGUUCGCUUUUUCGGCACCCACGAUCAUGGCUGGAUUUCACGACGACGCGUUUACCUUUACAUCGAGGGGGACACGGGCGAUAGCCAGAAGACCAAGUCCCAGCUGUACAGGAACUACACCACCGGUGUGCAGGAGGCAUCGCGUUUUCUUAAGAUCAUCAAAAGUCGACGACAGGAACAGGCUAUUGGACGCCAAAACGGCAAUAAACUCCAUCCGCCGCCGUAUGUAAAAAUUAAAAGCAACAAGGCAGUACCACCGGUGCGAUUUACCCAGAAUCUCGAGGAGUUGAGUGCAUGUUACUGCCAGCCGGAGGACGAGCAUCCCUGCGGGCCGGACUCUGGCUGUCUCAACCGCAUGCUAUUUAAUGAAUGCAAUCCGGAAUACUGCAAGGCAGGAAGUCGUUGCGAAAAUCAAAUGUUUGAACUGCGCAAAUCGCCACGUCUGGAGGUGGUUUACAUGAAUGAAAGGGGAUUCGGACUUGUUAACCGCGAACCCAUUGCCCAGGGUGAUUUUGUCAUAGAGUAUGUAGGCGAGGUGAUAAACCACGCAGAGUUCCAGCAACGAAUGGUGCAAAAGCAGCGGCAUCGGGACGAAAACUAUUAUUUCUUGGGAGUGGAAAAGGAUUUCAUUAUUGAUGCGGGACCCAAGGGUAAUUUAGCUCGGUUUAUGAACCAUUCGUGCGAGCCAAACUGCGAGACUCAAAAGUGGACCGUCAACUGUAUCCAUCGAGUGGGUUUAUUUGCCAUUAAAGACAUUCCUGCGGACACGGAACUCACCUUUAACUAUUUGUGGGACGAUUUAAUGAACAAUAGCAAAAAAGUGUGUUUCUGUGGAGCAAAACGAUGCUCCGGCGAAAUCGGUGGCAAGCUGAAAGAGGACACAAUUAAGGAAACCAAUAACCAAACAAGCAAAGGUAAAAGCAACGCCAAGAUAAAGCAGAUGCGCCGGGGAAAAGCUCCCACCCUUCGUAUCCAUGUGGCCGCUACCAAAAAAGUUAAAAAGGCUCGCAAGGUUAAACAUAUAAGUGCCGACGAUGAACCAAUAGAGGUCAAGAAAGAGCCCUAAAUGGAUAAAAGCAAUGAUCGCUCGAACAUGCUCUAUUUAAUAUUAUACAUUAUUGUUAUAUUAUGAAUCCCUAUUUUAUCCUGCACCACAUGUAUUUAUUUCUUAAAACUUACGAUUGCGUUUAGUAGCCAAUUUUUCAAGAUUAUGCUCCCCUCAUUGAUGUUAUAAAAAUAAAGUGAGAAGAUUA